UGAGUCAAUACGAAUGAAACGAAUUUUUAAAGAAUAUGUAUAUUUUGCUGUGUAUGUGCUUGAAAAAUGUCCUAUAUAUGAAUAUCGUCAUGUAAGCUACACCUGUGGAGUCCUUGUGUUCAAAACACUAUAUUUGAAAUUCGAGUGUUCUGAGUAUACUCUCAGCAUAGCGGCGCUGUGCACCAAAGACAACAUGUGUACAAAUAGCAGUACACAGCAGAUCCGGUGCGUUAUAGCAUCCUGUGCUCACGAAUCUGUGGCUUCCAAUCAAGGACCUGACAGGACAAGGAGAACUUCUUUCAAACAACAUGCAGUUUCCACCUUUUUGCAACACAACUAAUGGAAGCUGGCCAACUUCUUCAAGAUGGGCGUGCAGGACGGAGCCGGGGUGGUGACCCAGGGGCCUCAGAGCCAGCAGAUGUACACUUCUGACCAUAUGUCUCCUAUGACCAACUCGGUCAAUGGGACUAUGGGAUCUGAGCCGAAGGGACUGAGCUUACCCAAGAUGGGAAGUGGACCUGGCAUGAGUUUUAGCCAGCAGCAGCCGCAGGUUCGUGUGCUCACCCUCAACCAUGGGGACCACAUGGACUCUACGCUCUUCCGUCUACAGAAAGGGUGGGUACUUCAGCUCCGUCCCGGCCCAUCUCUGCUGGGGAAGGCCGUCAGUGUGUUCACCAACCACCCAGAGGACCUAGGGGAGGGUUUCACCCGUAACCGUUAUAGACGUCUCCAAUGGAAAAGUGACUCUCGCAAUAAGGGUGAUGAUACAGCCCUCUAUGUUGAAGUAGUCAUCAUUUCAGCAGGAGCUUUCCAUUUCUAUUUCACCUAUGAUGAUGGAGUGGAACGUGAAAGAGCUCAGGGCUCUGGCUACUUCAUUGUAGACCCAACCCUCACUGUAGGCACUAAUAGUGAAACUUUGAGUUUGGAUUGCGUUCAGUGCCAGACUGUGUUGUCGAAAUGCCUAGGACCUCUGCCUGACUGGGAACAAAGGCUGCAAGUGGCUUAUGAGACUGGCUACAAUCUGGUUCAUUUUACUCCCAUUCAGGAACUUGGUGAUUCAAAUUCUUCCUACUCGAUAAAGGAUCAGCACAAGCUUAACACUGAGUUCCAGACCCCAGACCACCAGUACACCUUUGCUGAUGUUGAGGCUCUCAUCAGGAGAAUGAGGGAUGAAUGGAAGAUGUUAUCCCUGACUGAUGUGGUGCUGAACCACACAGCCAAUGAUUCUAACUGGAUCCAGGACCAUCCUGAGGCAACCUAUAACUGCCAUAACUCCCCUCACCUCCGUCCUGCUUAUCUUCUGGAUCGUGUACUGUACCAUAUGACAGUUGAAGUGGCUGAUGGCAAGUGGGAAGAUCGUGGUAUCCCGGUGGCCAUCAGGGAAGAAAAAGAUCUUGAGGCUAUUAAGAAUGUUAUUCAUAGCCAUUUCCUCCCACAAGUUAAACUCCAUGAAUUCUACACUGUGGAUGUAGACAAAACAGUUGAAGAGUUCCGUCGCAGAAUUUCCAGCAACCUUCCAAUCGUCACCAGAGGCAAGGGUGAUUCUUCAUACAAAGAGGAAAUGGUCAUCAUUCAGGACCCCAAUUAUGGAAGAAGAACUUGCACAGUUGAUAUGAAUAUUGCUGUGAGACUCUACAAUUUAGCCAGUGAGUCGAAUGCGAAGACCCUCCAGGGUAGUGGACCUGAAGCCCGUGAUGAGGAAGAUCGAAUUGUACGUUGCUGUGCUGAGUUCCGACGUCACGUUGAGAACCUCAAUCAGCAGCGCACAAGUGAGAUCCAGGCACACCUCAUCCAGGCCGUUGAAUGUGUUCUGGGAACGAUCAGAUACCAGCGACUUCAACCAGAUGGGCCUAUGAUUGCAGAGGUUUCCAGAGACUACCCUCUAGUACCACCGUACUUUACUCAUUACGGAGAAGACGCUUCCCUGGAGGAGGAAGAGGCCCUUAUGUUUGGCGAUAAGGGUUGCUACUUGAUGGCACAUAAUGGAUGGGUCAUGGGUGAUGAUCCACUGAAUAACUUUGCGAGAUCAGACUGCUAUGUCUACCUACGAAGGGAGUUGGUUGCCUGGGGAGACAGUGUGAAGCUCAGGUAUGGUGAAAAGCCUGAAGACAGUCCCUACCUAUGGGAUCACAUGAAGCGUUACUGUGAAUAUACGGCUCGCAUCUUCCACGGCAUCCGCUUGGACAACUGCCAUUCCACCCCAAUUCAUGUUGCAGAGUACAUGUUGGAUGCUGCAAACUCACAUGAAGAAGGAAGGCUUGUGUACCGCUACGGAGGUGAACCUGUGGGUGCAUUCCUGCUUCCCCCUGUACGGCCUCUGGUACCAUGCAUUGCUCAUGCCAUUUUCUUGGACCUGACACAUGACAACCGCAGCCCUGCAGAGGUGCGAACUGCCUGGGAUAUGUUACCCUCAACAGCCCUUGUCAGCAUGGCAUGUUGUGCUUCUGGGUCAACAAGAGGCUAUGAUGAGUUAGUGCCACAUCAUAUUCACGUUGUAGAUGAAACACGUGUAUAUCAGGCUUGGACAGAUGCUGAGCCAACAAGAGGAGAAUGUAAUGAGAGCUCAGGCAUUGUCCGUUGUAAGAGGCUGUUGAAUAAACUUCAUUUUGAGCUUGGAGCUAAUGGCUAUAAUCAGGUAUUUGUGGAUCAGGUGACAGAACAUGUGGUUACAGUAACACGUCACAAUCCUGUUACACACCAAAGUGUUGUAUUGGUUGCCUACACUUCCUUCCGACCUCCAGCAGAGGCUCGUGAAAGUCACAUCAGGCCACUGAAAGUACAGGGACACCUUGAGGAGAUCAUCUUUGAGAUGCAAGUGAAAGGAAAAACAUCAGGGGAGGAUGAUAAGUCAUAUCCAGGCUUCUUCAAUAAUGACUCGGAAUUCAUUAACGGUCUGAACAGUAUCAUUGCUGAGGUGAAAGAGAACAUCAGACCAAGUGAGUCUUCACUUGUGCGACUUACUUCACCUGAGGAUGCAGAUGAGACUGAGUGCCAAUACACAUCUGAAUUUACACCUGGUUCAGUUAUUGCAUUCAGACUAAGUCUUCUUCCUCGUGCUCAGACUGCAGUGAACAAGAUUCGUGGAGUUUUGUCAGAAUUUGGUUAUAAAUCAAGAAUCUCAGAAGUCACUACACAUAAUGUCGAGCUGAUGGAUAUUGUGAACUCACUGUGCCUUUCCGACUUGAAUCGUGUGCUGUAUCGCUGCGACGAAGAGGAGAAAGAUGAAGGGCAUGGAGGAGGAACUUACUCAAUCCCCAACUAUGGCUCGCUACCCUACUGUGGUCUGCAAGGGGUGAUUUCUGUGCUGAGUGAGAUUCGUGUGCACAAUGACCUUGGACAUCCUCUGUGUUGUAACCUCCGUGAUGGUGAUUGGAUGCCUGAGUAUAUUGUCACACGUCUUAAGCAUGAACCAGCAACCCAGAGACUUGCCAAAUGGUUCGAAGAUAUAUUCAACUGGCUGAAGGAAGUUCCCAGAUACCUCAUUCCAGCUUACUUUGAUUCCAUUGUGACAAGUGUAUACCUCACUCUUAUCAACAGGGCUUGGUCUUUGAUGGGAGAGUUCAUUUCUCAAGGGUCAGACUUUGCCAAGGCUCUGAGUCUGUGUUCAGUACAGUUCUGUGGCAUUGUCAAGUCUGCAGUGAUGCCACCUCUGUCUCCCAACCUGUCUUCACCUCAACCUCCGGUAGUCACAGACGGUUCAGGUUCAACGAAACAGAUGUCUGUUACUAUUGCUGCUGGAUUACCGCAUUUCUCAGUGGGUUACAUGCGCAACUGGGGCCGAGACACAUUUAUAGCCCUGCCUGGAAAUCUUCUCAUCACUGGAAGAUACGAUGAAGCAAGAUGGAUUAUCCUGGCAUAUGCGAGCACAAUGCGUCAUGGCCUCAUACCCAACCUUUUGGAUGGCGGUACUAAGGCCCGAUUCAACUGUAGAGAUUCUGUCUGGUGGUGGCUCCAGUCCAUCCAAAGGUAUGUGGCCAUUGUUCCUGAUGGCAAUCGCAUCUUCAGGGACAAAGUGUCUCGUCUCUUCCCCUCUGAUGACUCACCACAACAAGAACCAGGCAGACAUGAUCAGUUGUUAGAGGAUGUGAUUCAGGAGACCCUGCAGCGCCACUUCCAGGGAGUGAAGUUCCGUGAGAGGAAUGCUGGUUACCAGAUUGACAGGGAGAUGUGCGACGAAGGUUUCAACAACGAGAUUGGAGUCAGUUUGGAAACAGGUUUUGUGUAUGGUGGAACGGUUCACAACUGCGGUACAUGGAUGGACAAAAUGGGAUCAAGUGAGCUGGCAGGAAUCAAAGGCAAACCAGCAACACCAAGAGAUGGUAGUGCUGUAGAAAUUGUAGGCCUGUGCAAAUCUGCUCUUCGCUUCCUGGGUCAGAUGUAUCGUGAAGACAAAUUCAAAUACAACAGCGUAGAAAGAUACGAUGACACAGGUAAUGUCACAAAGUGGACAUAUGAAUUCUGGGAAAAGAAAAUUCAAGAGAACUUUGAGAAGUACUACUGGAUAGAUGAAAAUCCAAUUCCUGACAGGGAACCCAAGCCAGAACUUAUCAACCGAAGGGGCAUUUACAAAGACUCAUACAAUGCCUCUCAGUUCUGGGCAGAUUACCAACUGCGUUGCAAUUUCCCUGUUGCAGUUGCUGUGGCCCCAGAGAUGUUCACUCCCAAACAUGCGUGGAUAGCCUUGAAAAAUGCAGAGAAGAUCCUGUUAGGUCCACUUGGAAUAAAGACACUGGAUCCCAGUGACUGGGCAUAUAAUGGUGACUACGACAACUCAAAUGAUUCAGCAGACCCUAAGAUUGCCCGGGGAUACAACUACCAUCAAGGACCAGAAUGGGUAUGGCCAGUGGGAUGGCUUCUUCGUGCCCAGUUAGCUGUUGCUCCCAAGGUUGGAGGCUUUGAAGAAUUGGGUCGCACCAUGGGUCACGUGAAAUCACUUCUUGCUCCUCACCUGACCCAUGUUCUAUCUGAUGCCUGGCGAUCACUACCUGAGCUAACUAAUACUAAUGGUGCACACUGUAAAGAUUCCAAUCCAGCCCAGGCAUGGAGUACAGGAUGUGUGCUUGAGGUACUGUGGGAGAUGGAUCGUAUAGAACGGGGUCUGAGGCGCUCCAGCAUGACCGGCAUGUGAAGAGAUCCGGGCUACGCCACCAUCCGUGCACUAGACACACCACUCCACGAACAUACAUCAACACUUGCAGAAACACC